UGAAGAAAGUCCAUCUCUGAGACGUAUGACUAUGAUGAGGGAAAAGGGAAGGCGACAGGCCAUCAGAGGCCCCGCAUUCAUGUUCAACAACAGGGGCACUAGUCUUACGGCUGAAGAAGAGCGCUUCCUAGAUGCAGCAGAGUAUGGGAACAUACCUGUGGUGCGCAAAAUGCUGGAGGAGUCAAAAACACUGAAUGUCAACUGUGUUGACUACAUGGGCCAAAAUGCCUUGCAGCUUGCUGUAGGGAAUGAACAUUUGGAAGUGACAGAACUUCUGUUAAAAAAAGAGAACUUGGCACGGAUUGGAGAUGCCCUGCUGCUCGCAAUCAGCAAGGGCUACAUUAGGAUAGUGGAAGCAAUUUUGAAUCAUCCUGGGUUUUCAGUAAAUAAGCGACUGACUCUGAGCCCUUGUGAGCAGGAGCUUCAGGAUGAUGAUUUUUAUUCCUAUGACGAAGACGGUACCCGCUUUUCUCCAGAUAUCACUCCCAUAAUUUUAGCUGCCCACUGCCAAAAAUACGAAGUCGUACACAUGCUAUUGAUGAAAGGAGCAAGGAUAGAAAGACCUCAUGAUUAUUUCUGCAAAUGUAAUGACUGUACAGAGAAGCAAAAGCAUGAUUCUUUCAGUCACUCUAGGUCAAGAAUAAAUGCAUACAAAGGACUGGCUAGUCCGGCUUAUCUGUCCCUCUCCAGUGAAGAUCCAGUACUCACUGCCCUAGAACUCAGCAAUGAACUUGCCAAGUUGGCCAACAUUGAAAAAGAAUUCAAGAAUGACUAUCGCAAGCUGUCUAUGCAGUGCAAGGAUUUUGUGGUUGGUGUUCUUGAUCUCUGCCGAGACUCGGAAGAAGUGGAGGCCAUUCUGAACGGGGAUUUGAAUUCUGAGCCAGUUGAAGCGCAGAGACACAGGGCAUCACUGAGUCGUGUGAAGCUGGCCAUUAAGUAUGAAGUCAAAAAGUUUGUGGCCCAUCCAAACUGUCAGCAACAGCUACUGACUAUCUGGUAUGAAAAUCUCUCAGGAUUACGGGAGCAGACCAUAGCUAUCAAGUGUCUGGUUGUGCUGGUUGUGGCAUUGGGCCUUCCAUUUCUAGCCAUUGGUUAUUGGAUUGCACCAUGUAGCAGGCUUGGGAGAAUUCUUCGAAGCCCAUUUAUGAAAUUUGUGGCACAUGCAGCAUCCUUCAUUAUUUUCCUAGGCCUGCUGGUGUUCAAUGCUUCAGACAGAUUUGAAGGUAUAACAACGCUACCAAAUGUCACUGUUACCGAUUACCCUAAGCAGAUCUUUAGGGUGAAAACUACGCAGUUCACCUGGACAGAAAUGCUGAUCAUGGUAUGGGUACUUG